UGAGUCCAUGGAAGCCGAGGUCCAUCGACUAUCCCCGAGACAGAGAACGCUGGCGGAGCUUUGAGGGAUGUGCCGAUUCUUCAUGAUAGUGACCGGGCAUAGCCUUGCCUGGAUGCUGCUCUCACUCCUGGCGUUUAUAGCCGUUUUAUCGGCCGUCAUGACUCCCAGAUGGCUCGUGAGCUCGCCGAGGACGAUUGACACUACUAAUGGGACGGAGCUGUAUACGCCGACGGUGGGCAUCUAUAAUCGGUGCACAAGGCUCUUCGGCCGCAAUCACUGCGGCAACUUCAACAUGGAGGGUCUCGCCACGGACUCCACGGUCUUCCCCGAGUGCUGGAAGGCGACCCUAUUCUUCAUGGCCCUGGGCCUUACCGUCAUGGGCUGCACCGUCGUCGCCGCCCUCCUCGGCUGCUGCAUGCAAAGCGUCGGGGGCAAGAGCAUUUUCAACCUCGCCGGUGUCACACAGGCCAUUGCCGGAAUUAUUUAUUUACUCGGGAUGAUCUUGUAUCCUGCUGGAUGGGGUGCAGAAAGGGUACAAAGAAUUUGUGGCACAGAAGCGGAUGCCUUUUAUCUUGCUAACUGCACCCUAGGCUGGGCGUUCUACAGUGCCGCAUUCGGUGUCACAUUAACGUUCGCCUGCGCGAUCUUUAGUGGCCAGGCGGAAAAGUCAACGGCCAGCGACAAGGUUCAGGACAAAAUGAACGAAGGCAAGAAUCUCAUUUGCCUGAUCUGAAAUAUUUUAAUAAGUGGCGCGGAAGGACUCGCAAGAGCACUGAGAGUUAGCAUGAGCGUGGUUCAAGCUUUUGGAAACUUCAAAUGACGACGACCCCACGGCCCAUUCCCUAUAUAAAUUCCAAGUAUUAUCUACACAUACAGA